GCGACCCCACCAAUUCAAAAGAAACAGGUCAAAUCUAAAAAGUUUUUUACUAGACGUGGCCCAUCUCCUUUACGUCCUCAAACCGGCAGUCAAAGAGCAGAGCAACCUACCCUUAACCGUCCCACCCCAACAAUACAACACCAAGAAUCUCAACAACAAAUAAGCGUAUCUGCCGCUAUUCAGGCUGAAUUGGACCAGUUGAAGAGAGAAGUAAGCUCAUUGCGUUACGAACAUUCUGAAGACCAACAAACAAUUGCCGAGCUAAGGCGGAAACUGGAAACCGAACAAAGUGAACACAAACGCAGCAGUGAGCGAAUAAGAGAGGAAACCAAAAUGGAGGUACAGGAAUUAGCUAGAAGGAAUGAACGUGAAAAGGAAGAAGCUCGUCGAGAAGCGGAUAGAAGUGCACAGAUGUUAAACAGCAUUAGAGAACAACAAGGACAUUUCGACUCAAUGGCUACACGAUUGGAAGGCCUAAAUUUUGGGUUGGUUCAAGUGAGGGAUUUAGUAGCAAAUGUUAAUGAAAGCAACAAUAAAAUGGCAAAGGAAUGGCAUGAACAGCAAUUAGAGCAUUGGAAACGUUUAGACGAAGAAAGAGAGAGGCUGGAGAAUUCUAUAAGGACAAUGGAGAAGGAGAUGGAUCAAAUGAGAGAAUCUUAUCAAAAGGCUGGUUUACUCGGAACGUCCCACUUCAGUCCCUGGUCGUUUCAGUCCCGAGCUUGUAACUCGGGAAUUUGGAAAUAA